AUGGGUUGGUGGUUGUGUUGGGUUGUUUCAGUGGUGGCAGUGAUCGGAGGGAGUGGCCGGAAUAUUGUCGGAGAGGAUGUCACCUAUGAUGGAAGAUCGCUCAUUAUCAAUGGAGAGAGGCGGAUUCUUUUCUCUGGUUCAAUUCAUUAUCCUCGUAGUACUCCUGAGAUGUGGCCAUCUUUGAUAGCUAAAGCCAAAGAAGGUGGAAUAGACGUUAUACAAACCUACGUGUUUUGGAACCAACACGAGCCUCAACCAGGCCAGUAUAAUUUUGAAGGGAGAUUAAAUUUAGUGAGGUAUAUCAAGGAAAUCCAAGCGCAAGGCCGCUAUGCAACCCUUCGGAUCGGACCGUUCAUUGAAUCCGAAUGGACUUAUGGAGGGCUACCUUUCUGGUUGCAUGAUGUUAAAGAUAUUGUUUAUCGAUCCGAUAAUGAGCCCUUCAAGUUUUACAUGCAAAACUUCACAACCAAGAUUGUAAACUUGAUGAAAUCUGAGAACCUGUAUGCUUCACAAGGGGGGCCCAUAAUUCUGUCACAGAUAGAGAAUGAAUACAAAAAUGUCGAAGCAGCCUUUCAUGAAAAAGGACCAUCUUACGUCCGUUGGGCUGCAGAAAUGGUUGUGGGGCUCCAGACUGGUGUUCCAUGGGUGAUGUGCAAGCAGGAUGAUGCCCCUGAUCCUGUGAUCAAUUCAUGCAAUGGGAUGAGAUGUGGCCAAACAUUUGCAGGACCCAAUUCACCUAAUAAGCCAGCAAUAUGGACAGAAAACUGGACAUCCCAAUACCAAGUAUUUGGUGGAAAACCAUACAUAAGAUCUGCUGAAGACAUUGCCUUCCAUGUUGCACUUUUCAUUGCUGCAAAGAAUGGAAGCUAUGUAAACUACUACAUGUAUCAUGGUGGAACAAAUUUUGGAAGGACAGGCUCUGCAUAUGUGACAACAGGUUACUAUGAUCAAGCUCCUCUUGAUGAGUAUGGUUUGAUUAGGCAACCAAAAUGGGGCCAUCUCAAGGAAUUGCAUGCUGCAGUAAAGUUGUGCUCUACACCUUUACUUUGGGGUACAUAUACUAAUUUCUCUCUAGGUGAAUUACAAGAGGCUCAUGUUUUCCAAGGUAAAGCAGGAGAAUGUGCUGCCUUUCUUGUGAAUAAUAGUUCAAGAAGUUCUACAGUGAAUUUUCAAAACCAUUCAUAUGAAUUACCCCAAAAGUCAAUUAGUAUCUUGCCAGAUUGUCAGAAUGAAGUCUUCAACACUGCAAAGGUUAGCUCUCAAUAUAAUACAAGAUCAACAGUACCAGUCACGACAUUCAAAUCAUCUGAUCAUUGGGAAGCAUUUCAGGAUGUUAUUCCUAACUUUGAAGAGACAUCAUUAAGAGCAGAUAAAUUGCCGGAGCAUAUGGGUACAACUAUGGACAAGUCGGAUUAUCUGUGGUACACUUUCAGCUUUCAGAAUGACUCUUCCAGUGAUAAACGUCUCUAUGUCAACUCCCUCGGCCAUGUUGUUCAUGCUUUUGUCAACAACUUAUACAUAGGAUCUGCACAUGGUAGUCAUGACAAUGUAGGCUCUACUCUUGAGACUUCAAUUUCGCUAAAUAAAGGGAUGAACAACAUUUCAUUAUUAAGCGUAAUGGUUGGAUUGCCGGAUUCAGGAGCAUAUCUUGAGCGUAAGGUUGCAGGAAUACAAAGAGUGAGGAUUCAAGGCAAUGACGAAGCGGACUCUCAAGAUUUCACCGACUACAGCUGGGGAUACAAGGUUGGGCUAUUGGGAGAGCAGUUUCAGAUUUAUAGUGGUGAAGGAUCACAUGAAGUUCAGUGGAGCAAUAUUGGAAACUCUACUCAGCUUCCUCUCAUGUGGUAUAAGACGACUUUCGAUGCACCUAGUGGAGAUGAUCCUUUAGUCCUAAAUCUUGGCACAAUGGGAAAAGGUGAAGCUUGGGUUAAUGGCCAGAGCAUUGGUCGUUACUGGUCCUCAUUUCGCAUCCCAAAUGGUGAUCCUUCACAAACAUUGUACCAUGUUCCUAGACCCUUCCUCAAACCCUCCGCGAACCUUCUAGUCCUAUUAGAAGAAUUUGGUGGUGAUCCACUCCAAAUCACCCUGGAUACUGUAUCAAUCACUAGAAUGUGUGGAUAUGCGUCCAACUUACAUCUCUCCCCGGUGACUCCAUGGGUGGAGAUUAUGAGUAAUAGGGGAAGAAGGAUUACAGGACACCAUGGCAGGAGACCAAGAGUUCAGCUUGAAUGUCCUUCUGGAAAGGUCAUCUCAAAGAUUUUAUUUGCAAGCUUUGGAAACCCUUCUGGUGGCUGUGAAAGCGAAAAUCAUAUUUUAGGAAGUUGUCAUUCAUCUAAUACCAGAGUAGUAGUGGAGAAGGCCUGUUUGGGAAAGACACUUUGUUCUAUUCCCAGAUCAAUCAGGAGUUUUGGUAGAGAUCCAUGUCCAGAUAUUCCAAAAGCUAUAUUGGUGGAUGCAGAAUGUAGUUCAAGGACUUAGUUGAUCCAAGGAGUAAUUUAAUUUAAAUAUUUGUAUAGACUUGCACAAAGUUA